CUAUUUUGUUUUGUUUUAUUACGAUUUUUACCCCACACUUCUUGAUUUUUAAAAGAAUGCGAAGAAUCUUUUUGAAUACAACUCUUUUCCGUUUAUCUUAGCUAACAUUCCACUAUUAAUUUACUUUAUCUCAAACAAAAGUGAUAAUAAUGUAAUGAACAGUCUCUGCGGCAUUGAAAAACAAACUACGAUUACACUAAACGCAAUCUGUCAAAGUAUCCAAUAAACAGGUUUCUUAAUUUAGCAUAAAAUUCUGACAAGAAAUUCUCGUGGUCUCACCUUUUUAGUAUGAAUGAGCGAGAUAGAAAAACUAAUCAUGAGUAUUUGCAUUCUGGAACGCGGCCACAAUGUCAAUCAACUGUCAAAUCGCUACUCCUACACCAUCACAAAUUCUGGAAUUGCUAAUUAAUACAAUGAUAAAUGAAUUAUUUAAUGAGAAAAUAAGUGUUUAAUGCUUAAUAAUGGAUACAGAGAUAACUGUGGAGUCGUUCCCUUUGCUAGGAAUAUGCAAUUUGUGUUUAAAUGAUGGUGUAGUUAAGAAUAUGUUGACCGAACAAGAUUACAAUGGGAAACCUGAAUUGUAUACAGAUAUGUUGUUGAAAUGCUUCGCUAUAGACGUCACAACAGUAGAAAUAGGUGAUACAAAAAGAGUUAUGUGUGAGACCUGCAUCGCUAGACUGAGGGACUCAGUGGAGUUUAAGAAGCAAGCACAAGAGUCGCUCACCAAGUUAGAAAUAACCUUUAGGAGGCAGAGAGAAGAAAAACAGACUCUUGAGAGAGUGAAAAAGGAAGCCGACUCGGACGAUGACUAUGAUGAUGACUUGUAUAUCGCUGAAGAUGAUGACUCAGACAUAAAACCAGAAAUCAAAACGGAGCCAGAGGACUGCACUCGAAAGACAAGAAGCAAGCUCGUGAAAAAAGUGUCAAACUCAGUGAAAAAGUUCAGUGAUAUCAGUGAAACAGAGACCAUGCUAGGUACUGGACUCUUCCCUUUCAAAAUUAGGAAAAACAGAACGUUCUCAUGCUCUAUAUGCCCAGAAAAAUCCACCAAUCUAGACGACAUAAAAAUUCACAUAGUCGACCAUAGCAAAGUGAACCUACAUUUGGCAUUCAAAAAAAUGAUUUUCUCCAACUCUCAACGGUUUUACAAGUGUGGUACAUGUUUGAGAUGCAAAAUAUGCACGUCAGACGUGACGACGUAUGAAGAAUUGAAACAGCAUGUCGAAAACUGCACCAGACUUAAAUUCCCCAACAGAAAUUGGAACAAUUUGCCUUUCAAACUUGAAAAAGAUCAACUUGAUUGCCCGGUGUGUAAAAAGAGAUUUUUAAAUUACGUCAGUUUGAAUACGCAUAUGAAUGUUCACUACCCGAAUUAUAUAUGCGAGAAUUGUGGCAAAGCUUUUGCGUCGAAAGCCAGAUUAAGAGGCCAUAUGCGGACACAUGAAAUAGGCACGUUCCCCUGCCGGUACUGCGACGCGACAUUCGACAGAGUGACGAAACGUGAGAAUCAUGUGUCAAAGGAACAUAAAUCCGGUGUCAGAUACGCUUGCAAACGCUGUAAUAUAUCUCUGACGUCGUUCUACGCGCGUCAGAAGCAUCUAGCAGAAGUACACAACGAAGAAUUGAAAAGAUACAAAUGUAAGGCUUGUCCUCAAAGUUAUAUAACUCCUGGGCACCUUUCAAGCCAUGUGAGAAGGGACCAUUUGAACGAACGGAAUCACAAGUGUGAUAAGUGUGAUUUAGCCUUCUACACGAAGAAUGCUUUGAAGAUGCACAUGAUUAAACAUGAUGGUGAACGGAUCCAUACUUGUCCGGUCUGUCAGAAGUCGUAUCAGAGAAAGAAGACUUUGAGAGAACAUUUGAGGAUACACAAUAAUGAUAAACGGUUUGUUUGUCCCGUUUGUGGAAGAGCUUUCACUCAAAAAUGUACUUUAAAGGGUCAUCUUAAGGUUCAUGAUAGGAAAGUUGAUUUUGAUGAGACGGAACCCUUGCAUUCUAUUUAGGUUGAAUAAUACUGUUUGUUAUUUGAGGCAUUGAUGUAUAAUAAGAUCUAUUCUGCAAUAACUUUCGUGAGGCGUGAUAUAAUGAAAAUAUGAAAUACAUAUUGCUAUUACACUCCUAUGUGUUGAUCCUGGUUAUAAACUAUCUGUGUACCAAGUUUUUGCGUGCAAAAGGAACAAACAUUCAUACAUACAAACUUUCGCUUUUAUAAUAUUAGUUGGAUAUAGCAAUUCAUAAAGAAAUAAUCAAAUUGCAAUCAUCAUUAUUUAAGACAUUUUCCAAAAACCGUCAAAUACCUUAUUAUUUAUUAUUACGGUUUACUCACGCGUAUUUAUCGGGGUCGCCCGACAAGUU